AUGGCACUCACCACUCAGGUCUUGUAAUGUGGAGCUUGAGGCUACAAGCCCAGUUAUCUCCAGCUCAAGGAGAAACUAGAACAUGAGUUUCCUGGAUGCCUGGACGUUUGUGGUGAGGGGGCUCCUCAGAUCACGGAAUUCUUUGAAGUGAGAGUAGCUGGGAGGUGGGUUCACUCCAAGAAGAGAGGUGAUGAUUACGUGGAUACAGAAAGCAAGUUUUGGAAACUCAGUGCCAGUGACCCCUGAAGGCAGGGUCCUGAGACCCCGGGACAGCCGCCUUAUGACAGCAAGAAUGAAAUGUCUCAAAGACCUAUGGUCUUUCCUCGGUGUUCCUGCAACCACCAAGUCAAGCUAGAGGGCACCUCUGUGAGGGGUUGUGCCUCCCCAGAAUCCACCUGUGCAGGAGCCCUGUCCUGCCCUUCUGCCCUCUUUCUCACCUCUCCCUGAAUUCUUCCAUGUCUCCCAUCUACCCUCCUGCCUUGGUUUCUCUUCUCCAGCUCAGACUGCAAGAAGAUAAGCAGCCAUGUUGCCAGCUGUCCCCAGUUGAAUAAAAGUUGGAUGAGGC